GAGGGUUUUAGUGAUGGGGUCUUCUUCCGUACUUCCAAAUCAUACUAGAUUUCUUCACUGUGAAGGUCCUUAAGGAGAACGCACAGUCAAUAAUCUCUUUAAUAGAUGCAAUCUCUUACAUCAUAUUCUGACAUCAUCUAGUAUUGCUGAAGAAAAACGCGAUUAAUCUUUUGUUUUGCCAAAAAUUCACUCACUGUCUCUUCUUGUCCGGGGAAGAACAAGUUCUGGGUCCGAUCAUAUUAUCUCUAACCAAAUCUGGGUGGAAUUCAGUCAUUCGUUUUUGAUUGGGUAAAGAACAAACUGCUGGAUCUCUCAUGUCAAGUGAGCAUUUGCUUCCUGUUUUAGGAGGAGGAAUGAAUUAAACUUGCAGGUAAUGUAAUCUAGAGACUACUACUAUCACUCAAGAGUAACUCUCCAACGCCAAGAAAACUAAUGGAUAGAGUUGGAUAUAGAUUUCAUCCCACCGAGGUAGAACUCAUAGACUAUUUUCUGAAGAAUAAGAUGCUUGGUCAUGAAUUGAAAGUACGCAGGAUUGCUGAGGUUGAUGUUUGUAAAUUUGAGCCAUGGGAUUUACCUGAACAUUGUGCAACUGAUUCCAAAAAUAGAAGUUGGUACUUUUUUUCUCGCCCUAUUUACAAGUACUCGAAUAGCAAACGGGCUAACAGGAAAACGAAGGCUGGAUAUUGGAAAGUAACCGGAAAAAAGCGUAAUAUCAAAGAUAGAGCUAACAAGGUGAUCGGUACUAAAUGGACUCUUGUCUUUUAUGAAGGGCGUUCACCUAAAGGAAUCAAGACCAACUGGGUCAUUCAUGAGUACCAUCCAAAUUCCAUAUCCUCUAAUGAGAGGGAUUUUGUAGUCUGUCGCUUGAAGAGAAAACAUGGUGGGAAGAUCAAUAGUUGUACCCAAAAUGAAGGUGAAACAUCCUCCAAUCACCAUUCGACUUCUGGUAUUGGCAGUUGUAUAGUGGACUCCUCAAGCCCAGAGGUAAAUCUUGAGCUCUUGGCAAAAUCUUCAUCACCUACUGGCUAUAAUGGGCAAGGUGUCGACUCCGCAGGGCACUCGCAGAAUCAAAUUGAGCAGAACCCUGAGAAUUCACCAUGUGACACUUGUGGCCUUGUAUCUCAAGAUGACAAUAGCGUGCUAGUAUCUCAAGUGGACACUUUUGAGCAGGAAGAUGAUCUCACAGCACUAGCGAAUUCAUUUCUUGUUGACAAGGAUGACAAUCACGUGCUAGUAUCUCAAGUUGACCCUAUUGAGCAGGAAGAUGAUCCCACAGCGCUAGUGAAUUCAUUCCUUGUUGACAAGGAUGACAAUAGCGUGCUAGAAUCUCAAGUUGAAACUAUUGAGCAGGAAGAUGAUCUCACAGCGCUAGUGAAUUCAUUUCUUGUUGAUGAUGAUGAAUUCAUUGGAGAAGGAAAUGAAGAUACUCAUCCGCACGACUCCAGGCCACUCAAAUCAUUGAGUUCAGUUGAUGUUGAUCAAACUGACAAGGACAUUGACACUGAAAUGGUCUACUAACGGGUAACGCCAUAUAAACCAUCAGCUUAUGAAAAGGAUUAGUUCAUUAGCUUGUAAAGCACAUAGUUUUUGCAGGACAAUAUUACUGCCAACAUGGCAAGAAAAUGUGUUUA